AUGGCCAUUAGCAGCAUGGGGCCAGUGGGCGAUAUGCUGGGCUUUGUGGCGGGCUACGCAGUGCCAGGAUCGCCAGACUGCAGCCCGGUCGCCAUGGAGGCAAAGAGGAAGAGAACCUGGCCAACCAAGUUCCGACAGAAUGCCGAGUACUUGGCACGCCAUCCUCCACCAGCCAUGACGUCAAAGAAGCGACGACGACGCCUGCUCUACAUCAAUCUCUUCCGGCGUCAGGAUGAGAUGUUGUGCGAGAAGUACAUUUACAACGAUCCCCGAGAUGACAGGUGGCAGUGGGAUGUGGACAAGACUCGGCAAUUCCUGGAUGAGGAGGCGACCAUGGUCGACGACAUCAAGAGGAAAAAACUGACUAGCCGUGAUGACUUGGGCCUGCCCCUGCCCCCAACCGAUCUGAAGCUGAAAGCCAUUGCCAAAAUCCAGCGUACCACUGCAGCACAAGCCUCGAAGCAAGAAGCAGCGAAGAACGAGCAGGAAAAAGCACCGACUGCGACCAAGAGAGCCCCUGCUGCUAACAAACGGCGGGGACGAGGCGGUGUCACCGAGGAAGUGGAUGUGGACCUCGGGAAUGUUGAUGUCGAGUUCUUGAACUACAAGGGUCUCGUCAUGACCAAGAAGCAGAAAGCAGCUUUCGCGGCACGAGCCGCGAAAGCCAAGAGGAAACAAGACCGUCGCUAG